AUGACCGCGCCCAAGGCGCGCGAGGAGGCCACGGACGCGCUUCUGAAGGCGCACGACGCGGUCGUGGAGCGUCGCCGGGACGUGGCCGGCGUCGGCGCGAGCGGCGAAGACGAAGACGCGGCGUCGGGCGGGAGGAAAACGUCCCGGGCGGACGGCGGCGGCGGCGGCGGCGGCGCGGGAUCGUUCGAGGUGACGUUCACGUCCGACCCGAGCGCGUACCGCGUGUUCGAUAAGCACGUGCGCGAAGGGUGCGACGGCGGCGGACGCCUGGAGGUCGUCACGAUGGCGGUGAUGGAGGGCGGCGCGAGCGGCGCCGCGGCGUCGUUCGGGGCGUUGGACGCGUCGGCGUCGGCGUCGGCGUCGCGCGCGGGCGGCGGCGGCGGGGACGCGGACGCGGACGCGGGCGCGGGCGCGUUCGCGACGGGCGCCGUCUCGAGCGCGCUGGAAGCGGCGGCCGGCCACGGCCACGGCCACGGUCAGGGCCAGGGCCAGGGCCCGCCGCGGUCCGCGCGCCCCGUCGCGCCGCGUCGCAGGGACGACGGCGCGGGACUCGGCGCGGACGCCCCCGCGGCGGGGACGACGACGCUGUACGCGAAGGGCGCCAUCGCGGGGUUGCCGGACGAGCACGAGAGCAGACGCGCGCGGUUCGCGCCCCUCGACGACAUCCAGCCCGGGUGGCGCGUGGAGCUUCGACAGAAGCCCGGGUCGUCGAUCGUGGACGCGGUGUUCUUCUCGCCGGAGGAUGUCGGGUACAAGAGCUUCGCGGACGCGCGUAGGGAAGCGCUGCGGUCGAGCAAACACGGGAACUAA